GUCACAUUACAGGCAACAUGGCUUCGCCAGCCGCAGAAAACGUGCCGAAUGGCAUUUCCACGCCGCCAGCGACUGCGAACGCACCCACUCUCAGCCCCCCCACGCAGCCACAAGCAGCAUCGCAACCGUCACAACCAUCCAACGGCGCGCCGUCGAAUCCCCCGGGCAGCAUGAGCGCAGCCUUUCCGUCGACCUCACUGCAGGACAGUGGGGCAAGCAAGCGCCCCCGCGAUGCGCGCCUCAUCCAUCUUAUCCUGGCCAACAUGGGCGUACACGCCUACACGGAGCGCGUGCCCCUGCAACUCCUCGACUUUGCCUAUCGGUACACUUCGUCGAUCCUGUCUGAUGCGCUGUCUUACGAGCCCCCGCUGCCCACAACAUCCGCUUCCAAGAAACGCAGCGGCGCAAAUGCCGACGGUGGAGAAGACGGCGUCUCGCUGAAUGCGCUGCGCACGGCGGUCGGGGCGCGCGCCGCCAGCACCUUUCAAGGCACGCUCGGCAAGGACUUCAUGAGCGAGGUUGCGCUCGAGCGCAAUCGCAUUGCACUGCCGCGCGUGGACCGCGAGUUUGGGAUCCGGUUGCCACCUGAGCGGUACUGCUUUACCGGGGUGGGGUGGGGCGUCAAGGGCGCGUGGGAGGAAGACAUUGAAGAGAGCAAUGAGGAUGUGGAUAUGGAUGAUGAUGUAGGAGCGAGCGCUGCAGGCUUUGGAGGGCCCGUCGGCGGUGUCAAUGGAAAUGCAAACACAGCAGGCGGGGAGGGAGGGGAUACGACCAUGGGGGGCAUGGAAGACGAGGACCAGGACGACGAUGAAUUCGAAGAGGCCAUGGGUCUCAAUCAGGGCAACAAUGGCUAAUCUACCUCUUCCAACGACGAGUGGGGGAUGAUGGGAUGAGCAGCCACAGCAGUGGCAGCGGGGGAAACUGCGAAGACAGGCGUUGGUGGUUAUGUAGCAUUUCACGGCGUUGAGAGAGAUAUGCUUAGUCCGUAUUUAUAUACCAG